AUGGGGCCGCGGCUGCGGGCGCAGGUGAGGCCGCGCCCGGCGCAGGUGAGGCCGCGCCCGCCCCGCCGCCGUUCCGGUCCUGCCGUUCCUGCCCCGCCGCCGUUCCGGCCCCGCCGCCCCGAUGGAGCCCCCGCGCUCCUGGGGCCCCGCACAAGCGGCCGCCUGGCUCCGAGCGGGCUGGUGUGUGCAGGGCUGGACGCCGCCGUGCAGGGAUACCCUUUCGAGGCCUGGGGGCUCUCGGGGCCCGAGCUGCUGGGGCUGGAGCCGGGGCUGCUGGAGGCUCUGGGCGUGCGGCCCGUGGGACACCAGGAGCUGCUGCUGGAGGCCGUGGAGCUGCUCCGGAGCCUGGACUCAGGGCUGGCGAGCACCAGCCUGCGGACGCUGACGGAGAGGCUGCGGGAGCUGGCCCGGGGCAUCCAGGGCCUGGUGCAGGGGAAGCUGUGGGCAGAGGAUGCCCCCCGGCAGCCCUCCCUCACCCUCCUGGCCCGAGCCAUCGAGCUGCUCGGGGCUGCCAAGGAACUCUUCUCCUGGCUCAACAGGUACCUGUUCUCCACCCUCAAUGACUUCUCGGCCAGCCAGGACAUCAUCGUGCUGUGUGCCCAGCUGGCAGACACGCUGCAGGCGGACAUUCCUGCGGCCCAGAGGAGCAGCGGGAUCCUGCAGAUUUGCCAGCACAUCGAGGGCAUCUGCGAGAGCAUCGUGGGCUGCAGCCCCCCGGCGCUGCUGGACCGCAGGGCUGUGCUGCAGAGCGUGGGGCUGGCGCUGCUGCCCAGGUCACAGGGCAGCCCUGAGACCCCAACACUGCUGCCCGGCCCACAGGGCAGCCCCCCAGCAUCCCCUGAGACCCCAACACUGCUGCCCGGCCCACAGGGCAGCCCCCCAGCGUCCCCUGAGACCCCAACACUGCUGCCCGGCCCACAGGGCAGCCCCCCAGCGUCCCCCAGCACCCCAACACUGCCCCUCGGCCUGUGGCAGAGCCCCCCAGCAUCCUCUGACACGCCAACGCCGCCCCCCAGCCAGUGGAGCAGCCCCCCGGGAUCCCCUGGGACCCCAACACCGCCCUGUGAUGCUCUGGGGAGCCCCCAGGCACUGCUCACUGCCCGGCUGGGCUUUGAGGUCACCUCCACCAGCUCCUGCCUGCACUUCGUGUCUGCCACCCGCCCGGGGGCCCCGGCUGCCCGCGGGGGCCUCGUCCUGCCCGGCGAUGAGAUCGUGCAGGUCAACGAGCAGGUGGUGGUGGGUUGGACACCUGUCAGCCUGGCCAGGAAGCUGCUGGAGGAGGGGGACAGGGUGACUUUGGUGCUGAAGAAGAUCCCCCUGGAGCUGCCCAGCUCGCCCCCCUCUCCCAGGCAGCAGUCCCCAGGAGCGUUUUUGGACGCUGCAGAUUCCCCUGGCACCAGAAGUGGUGAGAGCCCGGGCAGCCCCGUGUCCCUGAGCUCCAGCGUCGCGGCCGACCUGGACUCGGGAGCAGAGUCUGUCCCGGACCCCGCCAGUGACGAGGAGCAGGAAGAGGCCGAGCGGGAGCCGAGGGCGGCUGCGGAGGAGCGGCCGGGCCCGGCUGGGCAGGAGGAGCUGUGGGACAGCGGCACCCCCCUGGACACCCCCCUGGACACCCCCCCUGCCCCUGAGCCCCCUGGCACAGAGCUGAGCCCCGGGGCGGCAGAGCCCGGCCCUGCACAGGUGAGAGCUGGGGGGGGGUUAGAGCCUCCCCGUGUGCCCAUGCAGGGCAGCCCCAGCACGGCACGGAGACCCAAAGGCGUGGCCACGCGGCUCAGCCGCCGGCGGGUGUCGUGCCGGGACCUGGGCCGGGCUGACUGCGACGGGUGGCUCCUCAAGAAGAAGGAGCACGUGGGAUUCAUGGCCCAGAAGUGGAAGCGCUGCUGGGUGGUGCUCAAGGGCCACACGCUCUACUGGUACAACCACCCCAACGAUGAGAGGGCUGCAGGACUCAUCAACCUGGCCACCUACAACCUGGAGAGCACCAGGGAGCAGAAGAAGAAAUACGUGUUCCAGCUGUGCCACCAGACGUACAAACCCUUUGUGUUCGCUGCUGAAACCCUGGCUGACCUGAGCAUGUGGGUCAGUCACCUGGUGACAGCCAAGACAAAGCACACGCUGGCCCAGCAGGCAGUGCCAGCCAAGGAGGAAGACUGCUACAGUGAGACGGAAGCUGAGGACCCCGACGAUGAGGCCCCCAGGCACGGAUCUGACCCGGCAAGGAAGAGGCUGCAGAACAGCCAGGAGAAGGCACAGCUGUCCCCAGGCAGCAGCCCCCAGGGCAGCCCCCGGCCCUGCUCCCCCUUGGAUCCCGGCGCGGAGGAGCUGGCGAGCCUGGCGCGGUGCCUGCGGCAGGGCGGGCUGUCCCUCACGGGGCAGCGGCGGGCCCUGACCCAGGAGCAGUGCCGCACGUCCUUCCUGCGGCGCAACAGGAACCCGCACAUCAACGAGCGGGUGCACGCCGUGCGGGCCCUGCAGAGCACGCUCAAGGCCAAGCUGGCGGAGCUGCAGGCGCUGGAGCAGCUGCUGGGAGAGGCCGCGCUCACCUCGGACACGUUCCGGCGCUGGAAGGAGGAGCACCAGGAGCUGUACCAGGAGCUGCGGGAGGGCUGGGCAGGGCAGCGGGGCCAGGGCGGUGCGGGGGAGCAGCACGGAGAGGCGGCCGAGCCCUGA